AUAAAUAAUAAAAAAUAUUCUCUUCCCCUCCGCUUUCGACUGCCCGCAAAUCCCAGAUCUGGUCUCGAUUUCAAUGGAGGAGGCGUCGGAAGGAGAAAAUCAGAACAAAAAUCAUGAUCCAAACCCCCAAUCGAAGACACGCACCGCCGCCGUCCCCUCGUCCAUCUUACACCGACCCACCGGUAUCCGAUUCCGACCUGACCAGUACCUCCAUAUCUCCUACAGCUACGGCCCCCCGCCAUUUCAAAGACCUCUUUCUAAUCCUCUUCCUCCUCUUCGUCCUGGCUACCUUCGCCAUCGGAAUCUUUGUAGUCGUCCACCGCAACCAAAAUUACUCUGCCAUCUCCUCCGCCUACAACUCCGACUCAUCCUCCUGCGUCAAAAACGAAACUUUGACCCGUCUCCCAAACUGGGUCGGACACACUUUCUCUGCUUACUCGUCCUCUCUGAUCAAAGAUUUGACAUGGACCCAAGCAAGUCGUCUAUGUCUUCCUCCCCUUCAUCGUUUUCCCAAUUUUCUUCAACGCGUACUGGGUUCAACGGGAAGAUUGCUCCGCGUGAAUCGAAGGGAAUAUAUAAUUUGACAAUUCCAGUGAGGGGCCGAGCAAGCCCAAGCGCCGGAUGAAGGCCUGGUUUGGUAUUGAUGGCUUUGAAAAAAAAACGGUUGUGAGAAUAAGCGGCUGGGCUGUGAGAAUAAAUGGUUGU